AUGAUUAUUCGUUCACCGGAACCAGAAGUGAAAAUUGUUGUAGAUAGGGAUCCCAUAAAAACGUCUUUCGAGGAAUGGGCCCGACCCGGCCAUUUCUCAAGAACAAUAGCAAAGGGCCCCGAUACUACCACUUGGAUCUGGAACCUACAUGCCGAUGCUCACGAUUUCGAUAGUCAUACCAGUGAUUUGGAAGAGAUUUCUCGAAAAGUAUUUAGUGCUCAUUUCGGUCAACUCUCCAUUAUCUUUCUUUGGCUGAGUGGCAUGUAUUUCCAUGGUGCCCGUUUUUCCAAUUAUGAAGCAUGGCUAAGUGAUCCUACUCAUAUUGCACCCAGUGCGCAGGUGGUUUGGCCAAUAGUAGGUCAAGAAAUAUUGAAUGGUGAUGUGGGCGGGGGUUUCCGGGGAAUACAAAUAACCUCCGGUUUUUUUCAGAUUUGGCGAGCAUCUGGAAUAACUAAUGAAUUACAACUCUAUUGUACCGCAAUUGGUGGAUUGGUCUUUGCAUCGUUAAUGCUUUUUGCCGGUUGGUUCCAUUAUCACAAAGCCGCCCCAAAAUUGGCUUGGUUCCAAGAUGUGGAAUCUAUGUUGAAUCACCACUUAGCAGGGUUACUAGGGCUUGGGUCUCUUUCUUGGGCGGGGCACCAAAUCCAUGUAUCUUUACCGAUUAACCAAUUUCUCGACGCUGGAGUUGAUCCUAAAGAAAUACCACUUCCUCAUGAAUUUAUCUUGAAUCGGGAUCUUUUGGUUCAACUUUAUCCCAGUUUUGCCGAGGGAGCAACCCCUUUUUUCACCUUGAAUUGGUCAAAAUACGCAGAAUUUUUGAGUUUUCGUGGGGGAUUAGACCCAAUAACAGGGGGUCUGUGGCUGAGCGAUAUAGCACACCAUCAUUUAGCUAUUGCAAUUCUUUUCCUGAUCGCCGGUCAUAUGUAUAGGACCAACUGGGGUAUUGGUCAUGGCCUUAAAGACAUUUUAGAAGCCCAUAAAGGUCCAUUUACAGGACAGGGUCAUAAGGGUCUUUAUGAAAUUCUAACAACAUCAUGGCAUGCUCAAUUAUCUCUUAACCUGGCUAUGUUAGGUUCUUUAACAAUUGUUGUAGCUCACCAUAUGUAUUCCAUGCCCCCCUAUCCAUACCUGGCUAUUGAUUAUGGUACACAACUUUCCUUGUUCACACAUCACAUGUGGAUCGGUGGAUUUCUCAUAGUUGGUGCUGCUGCACAUGCAGCCAUUUUUAUGGUAAGAGACUACGAUCCAACUACUCGAUACAACGAUCUAUUAGAUCGUGUCCUUAGGCACCGUGAUGCAAUCAUAUCACAUCUUAAUUGGGCAUGUAUAUUUUUAGGCUUUCACAGUUUUGGCUUAUAUAUUCAUAACGAUACCAUGAGCGCUUUAGGUCGUCCCCAAGAUAUGUUUUCAGAUACCGCUAUACAACUACAACCCGUCUUUGCUCAAUGGGUACAAAACACCCAUGCUUUAGCGCCGGGUGUAACAGCUCCUGGUGCAACAACAAGUACCAGCUUAACUUGGGGAGGUGAUCAAUUAGUAGCAGUAGGCGGCAAAGUAGCUUUGUUACCUAUUCCAUUAGGAACCGCAGAUUUUUUGGUCCAUCACAUUCAUGCAUUUACAAUCCAUGUGACUGUAUUGAUACUACUGAAAGGCGUUCUAUUUGCUCGCAGUUCCCGUUUGAUACCUGAUAAAGCAAAUCUUGGUUUUCGUUUCCCCUGCGAUGGGCCUGGAAGAGGAGGAACAUGUCAAGUAUCUGCCUGGGAUCAUAUCUUCUUAGGUCUAUUCUGGAUGUACAAUGCAAUUUCGGUAGUAAUUUUCCAUUUUAGUUGGAAAAUGCAGUCAGAUGUUUGGGGUACUAUAAGUGAUCAAGGAGUGGUAACCCAUAUCACAGGAGGAAACUUUGCACAGAGUUCCAUUACUAUUAAUGGGUGGUUACGGGAUUUCUUAUGGGCACAGGCAUCUCAGGUAAUUCAGUCUUAUGGUUCUUCAUUAUCUGCAUAUGGUCUUUUUUUCUUAGGUGCUCAUUUUGUAUGGGCUUUCAGUUUAAUGUUUCUAUUCAGCGGCCGUGGUUAUUGGCAAGAACUCAUUGAAUCCAUCAUUUGGGCUCAUAACAAAUUAAAAGUUGCUCCUGCUACUCAGCCUAGAGCCUUGAGUAUCGUACAAGGACGCGCUGUAGGAGUAACCCAUUACCUUCUGGGUGGAAUUGCCACAACAUGGGCAUUCUUCUUAGCAAGAAUUAUUGCAGUAGGAUAA